GAGUCCCCCUUCGCGGAAACUGCUAAAUGGUUGAAUAUGGAAAUAUGCUUGGCUUGUCUUAGACCAUUCUAGUCUUGGCGUGCGGAAUAUCCAAAGAUAAAUACCCAACAUGCCUCUUUGGAAACGAAGUUGAAUUCGAGAAGGAACUUAUUGCUAACUAAGUGAGAUUACUACCAUAUACUACAACUAGUGUACACAUUAAUUCUUCCAUCAAAUCUUGUAAAGAUGGUGAGAGCUCCUUGUUGUGAAAAGAUGGGACUCAAGAAGGGUCCUUGGGCUCCUGAGGAAGAUCAAAUCCUCACAUCAUACAUCCAAAAACAUGGCCAUGGCAACUGGCGUGCCCUCCCAAAGCAAGCAGGCCUGUUAAGGUGUGGGAAGAGCUGCAGAUUGCGCUGGAUCAACUAUUUGAGGCCUGAUAUCAAGAGAGGUAAUUUCACAACUGAAGAAGAGGAGAACAUCAUUAAGCUGCAUGAGAUAUUGGGGAACAGGUGGUCAGCAAUUGCAGCAAAAUUACCAGGAAGAACAGACAACGAAAUAAAAAAUGUGUGGCACACCCAUUUGAAGAAGAGGCUAUUGAAAGCAGAUCAACCAAAUUCAGAUGUCAAUAAAAGAGUCUAUAAACCAAAAAUCAAACGAUCUGAUUCCAAUUCCAGCAUCAUAACUCAAUCAGAACCUGCCAAUCUUAAUUUUAGAGAAAUGGAGACUACAUCAGCAUGCACUAGUUCUAGUGAUUUUUCAUCAGUCACGGGUGGUGAAAGCAAAAAUAUCAAGAGUGAAGACAUAGAGUCACUUGAGACAAUGCCUGUAAUUGAUGAGAGUUUUUGGUCAGAAGCUGCAAUGGAUGAAACUCCCUCUAUGUCAUCAAAAUCUUUGACAAUCUCAAAUGAGAUGCCACUUCAAUACCCUUUUAAUUAUGAGGAAACUUUUCAUCACAUUCAUGGUUAUGAUUCAAAAUUUGAUGACGGUAUGGAUUUCUGGUAUGACAUAUUCACCAGAACUGGAGAUUCAUUAGAGUUACCAGAGUUCUGAAUUUUUCAUAUGACACGUUGAAAGAGGGUAUUAUUAAAUUUGAGAGGUAGAAUACUUUGAACGACAUGGUAACUUGAAUUUGACCGUUACAAAGGAGUGAGAUGGUACAUUAUUUUCUGCCAGGAGGACUGCGUUGUCGUCACCAGCUGCAUGAUCUAAACUGAAGUCAUCCAUUGACAAAGAAAACAGCUAGAGAUUGGAAACGGUUAAUGAUAUGUGAUCUACAAGUUAAACACUGACUUUUUUUAGUGCAGAACAGCAAUUAAUUCUCUAACAUUUUUGUAAUUUACAAAUUAGUGUUAAAUUAGGUUAGAGUUAUUUUAGUGUAAUAUCAAUAAAGGAUGUAUUGAGUAUGUGAAUUAUUCAAAAUUUUUAUGCCCUUGUAGAGUUUUCAAUUUCAUCUCCAUUUCCUUUCAGGUUUAUUUCUUUAUAGUACGAUUAUUAUACAUGAAAGAAUAUUUUACAUGCAAAUGGAUGAUCACAUUUGAAAAAGUCCACCGUUAACUUUGUUUAUUGCAACUUGCAAGUGAUUAAUUUAUUAGAUGGCGGAAAGUAAAUUUUUGGGUUGCCUCGGUAACUGUUCAGUGAGACAAGUGGAUGUGGCUGUAGCAGUACAUUUUGGACCACAAAUUUCAACCUCUCCAUACUAAAUAAAAUGCAAAUGGAUAUUAUUUUGAGCAUUAAAUUGAAUCAUAAUUUGGUAAACAAUUUGAGUAUAAUGGCAUGUAUACUCAAGAAGGAUGAGUCAAUUGCUUAGUAAGGUUAAGCUCAGCCGGUGUAGAAUAUUUAAUGAUAAUGGUUAGAGAGAGAA